CAAGGAACGCAAACUCUGCGGUACUGCGCGAUGACUUCCGCCCAACUGUCACGAGCCAGCAAGCAAAGCUGUCAAAUUUUGCUCCUUUCUCGCUCUUUUUCCGGGCAUCUUUGAUGUGCGAGUGAACACAUUUCACUGUGAACGUAAAAUAAAUUCGCUAUGGUUUUCGGAUCAAAGGUGAUCAAGGCCGGUGGCGCCGAGCCUGAUGCGUUCGAGGGUCAAAUCGGCCAGGCUAUCCUGGAGCUGGAGAUGAACUCGGACCUGAAGCCACAGCUGCGUGAUCUGUACAUCACCCGCGCUCGUGAGAUCGAGUUCAACAGCAAGAAGGCUAUCGUGAUCUACGUCCCGGUGCCCAAGCAGAAGGCCUUCCAGAAGGUCCAAACCCGGCUGGUCCGUGAGUUGGAGAAGAAGUUCUCCGGCAAGCACGUCGUGUUCAUUGGUGAGCGUCGGAUCCUGCCCAAGCCCCAGCGCGGCCGUCGUGACCCCAACAAGCAGAAGCGUCCACGAUCCCGCACUCUGACCGCUGUGUACGAUGCCAUCCUUGAGGAUCUGGUCUUCCCGGCCGAAGUUGUCGGAAAGCGUAUGCGCGUCAAGCUGGAUGGAUCGCAGCUGAUCAAGGUGCACCUGGACAAGAACCAGCAGACCACCAUUGAACACAAGGUCGACACCUUCACGUCGGUGUACAAGAAGCUGACCGGACGUGACGUUACGUUCGAAUUCCCGGAGCCCUACCUAUAAACUAUUACAACCAAUAGUUGCUAGAAUAUAAACAAAAAUCUAAUAAGUGAGCGCGCGCGGAAGGUUGGUGGAACUGAAGAAGGAGAUGAAAACUGUGUACGAAACUAUCGUUCGCCCAUCUUAAAUAAAGAUCCUUGCCGAGGCGAGGAACAAGAACA